ACGCCAAGCCAACACACGCUGGACAGUCGCUGCAUCAGUGCCCCGGCUAAGCUCCGCGUUCAGCUGCCGGGAGCCAGGAAAGUAGGGAAAGGAAGGCACCCCAAAGCGGGUCGCCUUUGGGAACCUCAGGAGUCUGACCCGGGCUGCGUCCAAGGGCUGCCAGUCGUUCCCAGGGGGGGGGGGGGGGGGCAGAAAAAGAAGUCUUUCCAAGCUCAGCCCGGCUAGGUUGUGGGAAGUUCCCCAUUGCUAAGGGAGUAAAGCAGGGCGGGAACGGACUGAAACGACGGGGAAGCGUGGGUCGUGGGGAAGCAACAGCCUUGAGUGCGCGCGGAGCUUUCUUUGAAAAGCCAGAAGCAGCGCCGGCUCGUGCCUCCCCUUCCCCUCCUCGGAGCUGCUACUUAGUAGGCGUGGGGAGCAAGGCAGGGGCGGGGGCGAGAAGAGGAAACAGGGCUCAGCCUCUGGAGUCUCCACGCGGAGUUAGCGAGGGAGAGCGGAGAGCUUCGCCCGGGCAUCCUUCCGAGAGGAUUUCGGUGGGAGAGCCACGCGGGACCGGUCGCCUUCAGAGUUUGCUCCCCUGCCCCAAGACGGCGGAGCAGAGCAUGGCAGCGGAAGCCCCUGCCGUGCCCAGCGACCGGAAUCAGACCUGGGGCUCGCCCUGGCUGGACUUCAAUGCCUCCAGGUCCCCCCUCCAUCAGUCCACAGAGAAAGAGCAAGCCAGCUUCCUCUCUGAAAUCGGUGUCGAGAAUUUCAUCACCUUGAUUGCCUUCGGCCUCAUUUUCACCCUGGGCGUGAUGGGCAAUUCACUGGUCAUCACGGUGCUGGCCAGGAGCAAGCCGGGCAAACCCCGCAGCACCACCAACAUUUUUGUGCUCAACUUGAGCAUCGCUGACUUGGCUUACUUACUCUUCUGCAUCCCUUUCCAGUCUACCGUGUACAUGUUGCCCAACUGGUCUCUGGGUACCUUCAUCUGCAAGUUCAUCCACUACUUCUUCACCGUCUCCAUGUUGGUCAGCAUAUUUACCCUGUCGGCUAUGUCGGUGGACCGCUAUGUGGCCAUUGUGCAUUCCCGGCGCUCCUCAUCCGUGCGGGUGUCCCGUAACGCGCUGUUGGGGGUAGGGGUCAUCUGGCUUCUCUCUAUUGCCAUGGCUUCUCCUGUGGCUCACCACCAGCACAUUGUCCAUGAAAAAUUCCUCAACCAGACCUUUUGUUGGGAAGUCUGGCCCAAUCUCCAGCACAAGAAAGUGUAUGUCUUGUGUACCUUCAUCUUUGGCUAUUUGCUACCUCUGCUGCUCAUCUCCUUUUGCUAUGCCAAGGUCCUCAAUCAUCUGCAUAAGAAGCUGAGGAACAUAUCAAAGAAGUCAGAAGCAUCCAAGAAGAAGACAGCUCAAACUGUCCUUGUGGUCGUAGUGGUUUUUGGGGUAUCCUGGCUGCCACAUCACGUUGUCCACCUCUGGGCUGAAUUUGGAGACUUCCCCCUAACUCAAGCUUCAUUUUUCUUCAGAAUAACAGCACAUUGCCUGGCUUACAGUAAUUCUUCAGUGAAUCCUAUAAUAUAUGCAUUCCUUUCUGAGAAUUUUAGGAAGGCCUAUAAGCAAGUGUUUGAGUGUCAGAUUGGUCACAAUUCGCCUUUGAAUGAAGUGAAAGAUAAUAAGAGUAAUAUAGACACGCCUCCAUUUACUAAUUCUACACAUGUUUGAAGAAUGAAUGUGGUUGGCUGUUCUGCUGCAGUUGCAUAGGAAUGGACUUGCUCUAGCUGCUUUUAUUUUUUAAAAAAAGGCAAUUCCCAAACUGAGCAAAUAUUUCAAGUUUUGUAUUGGUCAUUGGUAUCCAACUAAUUGAAGUUCACUUUAUUUUGUUGUUGGCAGGAGUAAGAAAAUCUCAUUCAUAGACAAAGCCUUGGUAGUACAGUGGUUUAAUGUACCCUGUUAUUAACACAGCUGCCUGCAAUUUCUGCAGGUUCGAAUCUUACCAGGCUCAAGGUUGACUCAGCCUUCCAUCCUUUCAAAGGUAGGUAAAAUGAGGACCCAGAUUGUGGGGGCAAUAAGCUGACUUUGUAUAAAAUAUACAAAAGUAUGAAGGCUAUUGCUUAACGCAUUGUAAGCCGCCCUGAGUCUCUGGAGAAGGGCAGCAUAUAAAUCAAAUAAAAAAAAUACUUUAAUACCCUUCUUUCUGAAAGAAUUUUAAAUGAGAGUUGUUUUUAAAAUUAAAACAGAAAUCAAAUAAGGUUAAUAUAUAAUUCAUAUUGCUCUAGUAUAUUUAUGUUAUGCUUAAAAUAUUAUUUUCUUUCUUAUACAAAUUUAUUAAUGUAAAUCACUUAAGCCAUUUUUUUUCUCAAUAUGUAUAUUUCAGUUUGUGUGUAUCUCAAAUGAAAUGGGGUUCAAAUUGAACCAGAAGAAUUUGAAUGGUUGAUCUGGAAUAUCUUACUACUUUCAUGAAUUGUGGAAUGACUCUGUCUACCAAAGUUACAUGUGAUCACGGGGAUUCUGCAACAUCGUAACUGAAGAAAAUGGUCAUAAGUCACUUUUUUUCACUGAUGUUGUAACUUCAGAUGGUCACUAAAUGAAUGGUUGUAAAUUGAGAACUAUCUGUAGGGUAACUCUUGCAUAAAAUUAGUUUGUAUAGACACAUUUUUAGAUUUUAAGGAAAGUAAUUCAGAAUUAAUAGUAUUGUAAUUUAUAUUCUGCCUCCAUCAAUAAUUUUAUGCAGAGCAUAUAGUUUGCUUACUUAUUUAAACAAUUCUAUAUCUUGGAUCCAUGCUAAUUAACUCUCUCCCUGGUUUAUGAUUAGAGUGGAUUUCAAAUUAGUUGAUUUUUUUCUGGUACUUGAUAUUUACAUAAAGUUUAUAAUGCCAGAUACAAAUUAUGGGUGGUGAACUUGAUUAUUUACUAUAAUCACAAAGAAGGUGAUAAAAGUGCUUCAUAUGCAUUUUUAUAGAUGGACUAGAAUAGGCAAUAAACUGACAUAUAGCUGCUUUCAUUCAGACCUACCAGUUACUUCUACUGUAAGUGUGUCUGACAAACGCAUGGGAUACCUUCCUAAACAUUUUGUGAUGAACUGAAAGAAAUACAAUUAUAAUGGAAAACUGAUCCUAUCAAGCAUUUUUUUAAAAUAUGUUUUUAAAACUUCAAAUCUGUUCUACAGAUCUGACAUGUUGAAUGAGGGAGUACCUAGUUCAUGGUUGCAUGUUACAAAAUGCUGUUUCUCCAUUUUGAUGAGUUCCUUGGCUCUGAUCAUUCUGAAACAAAUGGUCAAUGUUCCAAAGAUUGUAGAAUAAUAAUAAUAACAACAACAACAGGUCAGAUGCCCGAAGACCAACUGUAACAAGGAUGAGCUGAUAACAGGCAGUGUUAGAAAGAAAAGAUGCAGAACUAAAAGCACAGAUAGUCCACACUUAAUGAAGGCCUCAUUCACUGACUGCUUGAAGUUACGACAAUGCUUAAAAAAUAACUUUAUAACCAAUGCCUGCAUUUGUGACCUUUGUAGCAUCCUGCAGCGGUGAUCUACAUUGUACACAUUGUGUUGUGCCUAACCUAUUGUUAUUGUUUUUUCCCCAUUGUAGAGUGGAAUUACUGAAAAGGAAGAAAUUACAAGAGAGUAAGCAGCCACCCAGUGGGGAAUACACAUUGAAAGUAAUGCUGCAGUGAACCAGUUAUGCAAACAGCCUGUAUAUUACCCCACUGGGUGCCUUAGUGUUACAGAUUUCCUAAUUAGAUGUGUUUUAUCUGUUAAUUUCAGCACGUAGGGAUUGUUGCAUAUCACUGGUGCAUCAUUCUUACCUCACAUCAAUCAUGGUAUAGGUGCAUUCCUCAUUCAUGUAUAUUUGAUGAUUGAUGAAAGACUAUUUUUAAAAGAUUAUUUUAAUCCUGCCUUUAUAGUUUCUAUGAAUAACUCAAGGUGGAAAACAUGCCUAACACUUAUUCCUCCACUAUUUUCACCACCACAACCACACUGUGAAUUGGGUUGAGAGAGAGAGUGACUGGGCCAAGGUCACCCAGUCAACUUUCAUACCUAAGGUGGGACUAGAAUUUAAGCUCCCCCAGUUUCUAGCCUGGUGCCUUAAGCACUAGUCCAAACGGACUCAGUAUCUGAUGAAUAUGUCUUGUGGAUAUAUUUAAAUUUAGGUGGAUAUUUACCUCACUGAUAUAUCCACAUGUUCUGGAAGGAAGCUUGUCAGGAAAAGCUGAUAAGCACAAUGACUACCUGUGCCAGAUUUUAGGGUGUGGUAAAGCAUCUUUGGUAUGCUAGACUCCUUUUUUUUAAAAGAAAAAAGUGAUUUAGCAGGUAUUUUAUACAAUAUAUCCCAUUCUCUCGUUUCUCUUCAGAUUGAUCAUAUCCCAUUUUGCUCAUGGAUUCUAUAAAAAUGUUAGGUACUCAAGAUUACUUCGUUAUCAUACUCUACCAAUUAAUCAUCAAUAUCUAAAAAAUGGGAGCAGUGGAAGACACUUUAACCCUUGAAAUCUGUGUCCUGUACUGUUUUUCUCUAAUGCUUGGUAAUGUAUCAGCUUAAUGUUCCACAUAUCCUUGAAUGUGAUAAUGAGAACAUCUCAACCAACACCUUCAGGAGCAGAUUGUUGAUGCUGUUUUAUGGAAGCAUUAAGAAAAUGGCCUUUUUUAGAGGGAGAUCAUAGUUAAGUGCAUAAAAGUUUUGCUAAAAUAAAUCUAUAAAUAGGCAUGCUGAUUAUAAAGAUGUUAAUUAAGAAGAGUUCUAUAUUCCCCAAAGUAAAAUUCUUUUCCAUCUUGAAUGAUUCAGUGAUUCAAACCUUUCAAGCGAAGGAAAAUGCAUGUUUAUGAACAUUACUCUCUUUUGGAAACUUACAAAAUAAUAUUUUUCAUAGUUGUGCAUCUCGUAAACUGACGAAAGAAGCAUCGCUAACAUGUGACAAGUAAAGAAUGAGAAGAAAUAAAUGCUGCCAAGGCUGAAUUUAAUCCAGAGCUGUGCACAAAAGAUCACAAAGCAAUGACUUUAAGCAGAUUGUGUUACUUGUUUAAUUUCUGGUGUUUUGUUUUUCCGUUGAAAAAUUGCAUAUGUAUUUCUGUACCUGACUAUAUAGCACAAAAUAUAAACACUGCUUGAUACUGCAUGUGUGUCUUAAUAUUGCAUUUAUUUAUAAUGUCUCAAGCGUUGGGUUGUUGUUGUUGUUGUUUUAGUUUUUAAUUUUCUUAGUUACUGGGUAGCUGUAUAUAAAGCUUUGUAGUGACACAUCUUUCUGCAUUAUCUUACUGGCCUAACAUUUCUUGGCCCAUGUGUGUAUUUGUACAAAAACAGCAGUUCUAUUACAGCAAAGAUAUAAAAUCUCUUUAUCAAGGUUGAAUCCUAGGGACUUCCUUUACAUAUAGAUGCAGUCAUACAUGUAACACAACAGUACAAGAGUGCUUUAAUACUAUAUAUAGAUAGUGUACACUAUGUACAGAACUGCUUUAUCACAGUACCCUUCUAGAUACUUUACUUUUCUAUUUUAUUUUUGUCUUCUCAGUGUAUCCCACAAGUCUGGUGCUCUCUGGUAGUCUGUUACUUACAUGGCCCAACAUUAUUAAUGUCCAGGUUUUGGUAAGAUAAGCCCAAUGAGCAAUUCAAAUUGAGACUCAAACAUUUACAUAUAACAACAAUAUUUCCAUUUGCACCAAUGAAAGUAGUGCUUCUACAUCACACAAACAUCUGGCUUUCCAUCUAUGAUGCGUGACAAUUGCCUAUCCUGUACAUGCUAGAGUAUUUGUUUCUGGGAAAAAAAAAGAUAAGUAAAUGUGAUGAAUAUUGUUUUAAGCUGAAAUUCCUAAUUGCUCUAACAUUUUAAAGUAUAAUAACAGUGUCAACUAUUAUUGCUAUACUGUUUGUAGAAGAUACUGCUUUCAUGAGUAAGACAAAAUAAAUAGUAGCCAUCAAA